CGGUGGAGCUGGGCACCGGGGUGUUGGAGGAAGCACUGAGGGCCCCUCGCUGCUCCCAUCAUGACAGCUGCUCUCAUGAUCCUCUUCCUUGGCUGCUGGCUGGCCGGGCAGAGCAGGGUGUCGGGAGAGGGAACCAACCUGACUCAGCCGGGAACGGCGCCGGCUCCCACCCGCCCAGGCAGCACGGGGCCAGGUACCGAGUCUGGGGGCAGGAAAUCGUCAUCAACCCUCACAAAAACAGAGGGAACUGACCCAUCUGGGAUCCAGCAGCCGGAUUCCCCCAUGACGAAACCAAAGGGAGAAGGGGCAACUAACUUGACUCAGCCAGGAAUGACGCCGUCUCCCACCCAACCAGGCAGCGCGGGGCCAGGUACCGAGUCUGGGGGCAGGAAAUCGCCAUCAACCCCCCCAGAAACAACGGGAACCGACCCAGUCCAGCCUGGAGCGGUGCCGGCUCCCACCUGCCCGGACAGCGUGAACCCAGGUGGAUCAGAAUCACCGAUGAUGGCAACGAUGUCGACAUCUCUGGAUCCGACCAGCCCCAUCGUCUUCGGGAUGAGCACAGCAGCCACUGUCCUCCUCCUCCUCCUCCUCGUGGCCUUCGUCUGCUUCAGAAAAACCCGAGCCAAUCAACAGAGUAAUGAAGAUCUACUUUCUGCAGACCAGUUUCAGCAACAGUAAACCAAAGAAAUCUCAAAAGAUCUCAGUGAUGCGGUCAUCUUCCUCAAACGAAUAUAUUCCGCCAACUUUAAAUUGGAUUGCAAGCCAAAGGAAUUGCUUCAAGAAAUAGUCAAACUUGGACUCUCCAGGGUGUUUCCUAAUAUCACAAUUGCAUUGUGUAUAUUGUCAGUUUGCCUGCAUCAGUGGCUCCAGGUGAACGCACCUUCAACGUGUUGAAGCAGGUAAAGAACUAUCACCGUUCAACUAUGGGACAAGAGCGUUUGAAUGGGCUCGCCAUGCUUAAUAUCAACUGCGACAUUGCACGAAAGAAAGAUUUUUUCCUCAAUAAUUAGUGCAUUUGCACAGAAAAAGGCUAGAAAAGCAUUUGUUAAAUAAAAAAAUAAUCAA